UGCUGCAGCAGCCAAGAAGGGCUGAACCACACAGGCUUAGAAGGAGCAGUCGCAGCUCCUGCCUGAGUCUACACGAUGUUUCUGGGCGGGUUCACUGGUCCACUCAGCUUUGGAUUUUACUUAUUGUCCCUGACGGCCACUUUGUUCUAUAAAUUCUAAAUAGCAUCUGUCCUUACAGCAAAAUGACCAUGGCAUGUACUGAGUUUAGUGCAUGCUGAGACAACUUGGAGUUACUUCUUAUUCUUCCCAGACUGCUUAGAAACUUCACUUUUUUUGGGGACUUGGAGCCUUCAGACCUGACCCAGAGGUAUUAAAGUGGAUCAGGAGAGCUUGUGAGCAGCGGCAGGAUGUGGUUGAGGAGUCUGCUGGGUUUGGCUGUGGGAUUUACAGCAUUCGUGUCCUUUGGUGCAAGUCAAGUUGCUGAUAAAGAUGCUCCAGUUGAUAGUGUGAAGGAACCCAGGGCCAGCAGAGCCAAGAGAAGAGGAGGUGGUGGUGGUGGUGUAGGUGUAGGACAUGAUGUGCUUAAAGGGCCCAAUGUGUGCGGAUCUCGUUAUAAUGUCUACUGUUGUCCUGGAUGGAAAACCUUACCUGGAGGGAACCAGUGCAUUGUCCCAAUUUGUCGAAAUUCCUGUGGAGAUGGCUUCUGCUCACGACCAAACAUGUGCACUUGUCCUACUGGUCAGUUAGCUCCUUCUUGUGGGUCUAAAUCAGUUCAACAAUGUAACAUCAGAUGUAUGAAUGGAGGAACGUGCAGCGAGGACCACUGUAUGUGCCAGAAGGGAUACGCAGGAACACACUGUGGCCAACCUGUGUGUGAACAUGGAUGUUUAAAUGGUGGAAGAUGUGUGGCUCCCAAUCGCUGUGCCUGCACAUAUGGCUUUACCGGCCCUCAGUGUGAAAGAGAUUAUAGAACAGGACCCUGUUUCACUGUUGUGAGCAACCAGAUGUGUCAAGGACAACUGAGUGGAAUAGUCUGCACAAAGACACUAUGCUGUGCAACAGUUGGGAGAGCCUGGGGCCACCCUUGUGAAAUGUGCCCUGCUCAGCCACAUCCUUGUCGCCGUGGAUUUAUUCCAAACAUUAGAACAGGAGCAUGUCAAGAUGUGGAUGAAUGCCAAGCAAUCCCAGGGAUGUGCCAAGGAGGAAACUGUAUAAACACUGUAGGAUCAUUUGAAUGCAAAUGCCCAGCUGGACACAAGUUCAAUGAAAUAUCACAAAAAUGCACAGAUAUUGAUGAAUGUAACACAAUACCAGGGAUCUGUGAAUCAGGUGAAUGUGUAAACACAGUUGGAAGUUACUAUUGCAAAUGUCCUCAAGGCUUUUUUGUAUCAGCAGAUGGCUCAAGAUGCAUAGAUAUACGUCCUGGGUUUUGCUUCACUUCAUUAGCCAAUGGACGUUGUACAAACCAACUCCCACAACUAUUACCCAAAAUGCAAUGCUGCUGUGAUACCGGAAGAUGUUGGUCUCCAGGAGCAUCUACAUCACCUGAAAUGUGCCCCAUCCGAGGAACAGAUGAAUAUCGAAAGCUGUGCGCAGUAGCAGAUCCAGGCCCAUUUAUUCCUCCAGAAUAUCCUCCUCCAUUUGGUCCCCAAGUAGUACCUGGUGUACCACCUCUGUACCCACCCAUCAUACCUGGACAGCCUUUUCCAACACGCAGUGUGAUUGUAUCAGUAAAUAUCUCAAGAGAACCACAGCAUCAGGAUUACUGUGUAUUGUUCCGGAACUUGUGUUUGCAUGGCCGCUGUAUUCCAACUCCAGGCAGUUACAGAUGUGAGUGUAACAAAGGAUUCCAGCUGGAUGUGAGAGGGGAAUGCAUAGAUAUUAACGAGUGUGAAAAGAAUCCCUGUCUCCAUGCCGAUUGCGUUAACACACAAGGUUCUUACAUUUGCCAAUGCUAUGCCGGAUUCCAGAGUACAUCGACUCGGACAGAGUGCAGAGAUAUUGAUGAGUGCUUACAAAAUGGCAGGAUCUGUAACAAUGGGAGAUGUGUGAACACAGAUGGAAGUUUUCACUGUGUGUGUAAUGCUGGCUUCCAAGUUGCACCCGAUGGGAAAAACUGUCAAGAUAUGGAUGAAUGCAGUGUGACAAACAUGUGCUUAAAUGGCAUGUGCAUUAAUGAAGAUGGCAGUUUCAAAUGCAUAUGCAAACCUGGUUUUCAGCUGGCACCCAAUGGACGCUUCUGCACAGAUAUUGAUGAGUGUGAGACACUGGGUAUCUGUAUGAACGGACGCUGUGUGAACACUGAUGGCUCCUUCAGAUGUGAAUGCCCCCCUGGGCUGGCUGUUGGACUUGAUGGGCGUGUGUGUGUAGAUACGCAUAUGAGAAGCACAUGUUAUGGUGGUUACACUAGAGGCCAAUGUACUAGACCAUUGCUUGGAGCCGUUACAAAAUCAGAAUGCUGUUGCGCCAGCACAGAAUUUGCUUUUGGAGAACCAUGUCAGCCAUGCCCAGCAAAGAAUUCAGAGGGAUAUCAAGCUUUAUGCCCCAGUGGACCAGGCAUGACUUCUCUUGGAGAUGACAUUAAUGAAUGUGUUGAUUCUGAUAUAUGCCAAAAUGGUGCUUGUGAAAAUCUCCGUGGCACCUAUAAAUGCAUCUGUAACUCUGGAUAUGAUGUGGAUACUAGUGGCAAGAAAUGCAUUGAUAUUGAUGAAUGUGCCUUAAACAGACUGCUGUGUGACAAUGGUCAGUGUCGUAACACACCAGGAAGCUUUUCCUGCACCUGUCAAGGAUUUGUCUAUAAACCUGACCUCAAAACAUGUGAAGAUGUUGAUGAAUGUGAGUCGAACCCCUGUAUUAAUGGACUUUGCAGAAAUAAUGUAGGCUCCUUUGUGUGUGAAUGCCCUACUGGAAGCACGUUGGAUACAACCAAGACUAUUUGUAUAGAAACUGUAAAGGGCACUUGCUGGCAGAAUAUUGUGAAUGGGAGAUGUGAAAUUAAUAUAAAUGGUGGCACGCUAAGAUCACAAUGUUGUUCUACUUUGGGAGCUGCCUGGGGAAGUCCAUGUAUGCCCUGCGAGGCAGAUGUUGUUUGUAAGAAAGGAUUUGCAAGGUCUCGCGGCACAAUCUGUGAAGAUGUUAAUGAAUGUGAUGUGUUUCCUGGACUGUGCCCUAAUGGGGUGUGCGUUAAUACAUUGGGCUCCUUUGUCUGUCAGUGUCCCACUGGAAUGACGUUAGAUGCUUCUGGACGCACAUGUAUCGAUAUCCGUCUGGAGACUUGUUACCUGAAGCAUGAGUUUGAGGAAUGCUCGGCCGCUAUCGCAGGACGGCACAGGAUGGAUGCCUGCUGUUGCUCUGUUGGUGCUGCAUGGGGAAUAGAGUGUGAGGAAUGUCCUCAGAAGGGAACUCCAGAGUAUGAAACACUUUGCCCACGAGGACCAGGCUUUUCUUCAAAGGAAGCACCCAAUGGCAAAAUAUUCCCCAAAGACAUCAAUGAAUGCAAAAUGAUCCCAAGCCUUUGCAAAAAUGGAAAAUGCAGAAACACUAUCGGCAGCUUCAAAUGUAGGUGUGACAAUGGAUUUGCACUUGAUUCUGAGGAAAGAAACUGCACUGACAUUGAUGAAUGCAGAAUAUCGCCUGAUAUAUGUGGGCAAGGCAACUGCAUAAACACCCCUGGAGAUUUUGAAUGUGACUGUUUUGAAGGAUAUGAAAGUGGAUUUAUGAUGAUGAAGAAUUGCAUGGAUAUUGAUGAAUGUGAAAGGAAUCCUCUUCUGUGUCGUGGAGGAAUAUGCCUGAAUACCGAGGGAAGCUAUAAAUGCGAAUGCCCACCUGGGCAUGAAGUUACUCCUGAUGGCACUGCUUGUAUAGAUAUUAAUGAAUGUGAGCUCAGCACAGAUCUCUGCCGGAAUGGGCGUUGCAUUAAUCUGAUUGGUCGUUAUCAAUGUGCAUGUGAUCCUGGCUACCAGUCAACACCUGAUAAGCUAUCUUGUAUUGACAUUGAUGAGUGCACCAUUUAUAAUGGCGGAUGUGAUUCAUUCUGCACAAACUCUGAAGGAAGUUACGAAUGUAGCUGCAGAGAAGGAUACGCUCUAAUGCCAGACCAGAGGUCUUGUACAGAUAUUGACGAAUGUGAAAAUACUCCAAAUAUCUGUGAUGGGGGCCAGUGCACCAACAUUCCAGGAGAAUACAGGUGCCUCUGUUAUGACGGUUUUAUGGCAUCUGACGAUAUGAAGACAUGUCUGGAUGUUGAUGAGUGCGAACUUCAUUUGAAUAUCUGUUUGAGUGGAAGCUGUGAAAACACCAAAGGUUCCUUCAUCUGCCACUGUGAUCCUGGCUAUUCUGGCAAGAAGGGAAUAACUGGAUGCACAGAUAUAAAUGAAUGUGAGAUUGGAGCUCAUAACUGCGACAGACAUGCAAUGUGCACCAACAUCCCUGGAAGCUUCAAAUGCAGUUGUAAUCCUGGCUGGGUAGGAAAUGGCAUCAAAUGCACAGAUCUUGAUGAAUGUUCAAAUGGAACACACGAGUGUGACUCUAAUGCAGAUUGCAAGAACACCAUGGGAUCCUACAAAUGCCUCUGUAAGGAAGGUUACACUGGAAAUGGUCGGGAAUGCACGGAUAUUGAUGAGUGCACUGAGAACACCAAUCUGUGUGGAAAUGGUCAGUGUCUUAACGCCGAUGGAGGAUAUCGCUGUGACUGUGACAUGGGCUUUUUACCAAGUGCUGAUGGGAAAACAUGUGAAGAUAUUGAUGAGUGCACUCUGCCCAGCAUCUGUGUUUUUGGAACUUGUAAAAAUCUCCCUGGUCUGUUCCGAUGCGACUGUGAAAUAGGGUAUGAGCUGGACCGAAGUGGUGGUAACUGCACAGAUGUUGAUGAAUGCGCUGAUCCUACCACAUGUAUUAGUGGGAUAUGUCUGAACAUACCAGGAAGCUACAACUGUGAAUGCCCACCAGAUUUUGAGCUAAACCCAACCCGUGUUGGAUGCGUUGAUACCAGAUCUGGCAAUUGCUUCUUGGAAAUUGAAAGUAGAGGUGAUAAUGGAGACGCAGUGUCCUGCAGUAAUGAAAUUGGAGUUAGUGUAUCAAAGGCCUCUUGUUGUUGCUCUCUUGGAAAAGCCUGGGGAAAUCCAUGCGAAAGAUGUCCAGCUGUAAACUCAAGUGAUUAUAGACUCUUAUGUCCUGGAGGAGAGGGUUUCAGACCAAAUCCCAUUACUGUUAUUUUGGAAGAUAUUGAUGAAUGUCUGGAGCUUCCAGGUCUUUGUCAAGGUGGAAAAUGCAUCAAUACCUUUGGAAGCUUCCAAUGCCGCUGUCCACCGGGAUUCUACCUUAAUGAAGAAACACGUGUUUGUGAUGAUAUCAAUGAAUGUGACCAGCCUGGUAUUUGUGGACCUGGGACAUGUUACAACACUGUUGGCAACUAUACAUGUAUUUGUCCGCCUGAUUACAUGCAAGUUAAUGGAGGAAAUAAUUGUAUGGAUAUGAGAAGGAGCUUAUGCUUCAGAAAUUACUAUGCUGACAAUCAAACUUGCGAUGGUGAACUGCUUUAUAAUAUGACAAAGAAAAUGUGUUGCUGCUCAUAUAAUAUUGGGCGUGCGUGGAAUAAACCUUGUGAAGAGUGCCCAUUGCCUACCACAGAUGACUUUACAAGUCUUUGUGGAAGUGCAAGACCCGGAUUUGUGAUUGACAUAUACACGGGACUGCCAGUUGAUAUUGAUGAGUGCAGAGAAAUUCCUGGUGUUUGUGAAAAUGGAGUUUGUAUUAAUAUGCUAGGAAGCUUCAGAUGUGAAUGCCCAAUGGGAUUUUUCUACAAUGAUAAGCUUCUUAUUUGUGAAGAUAUUGAUGAAUGCCAGAAUGGGCCAGUGUGUCAAAGAAAUGCAGACUGUGUUAACACAGCAGGAAGCUAUCGUUGUGACUGCAAACCGGGGUACAAAUUCACAUCCACAGGACAAUGCAUUGAUCGUGAUGAAUGCCAAGAAAUUCCAAAUGUAUGCAGUCACGGACAAUGUCAUGACAAAACUGGUGGCUAUUACUGUGUUUGCAACAACGGAUUUAAAACAAAUGAAGAUCAGACAAUGUGUUUGGAUAUCAAUGAGUGUGAAAGAGAUCCUUGUGGAAAUGGUACAUGCAGAAAUACAAUUGGCUCUUACAACUGCCGCUGCUUUGAUGGAUUCAUAUUGUCUCACAAUAAUGACUGCAUAGAUAUAGAUGAAUGCACCACCCUUAAUGGCCAACUGUGUAGAAAUGGACAGUGUGUCAAUACUGUGGGAUCUUUCGACUGCAUAUGCAAUGAAGGUUAUGAGAUGGCAUCUGAUGGAAGAACAUGCCUGGAUAUCAAUGAAUGCACCCUUGAUCCUAGCAAAUGUGCUCCUGGAACUUGUCAAAAUCUGGAUGGUUCAUACCGAUGUAUAUGUCCUCCUGGGUAUGCUCUGAAAGAUGAUACAUGUGAAGACAUUGAUGAGUGUGUGGAAGAGCCAGAAAUCUGUGCCCUGGGUACCUGCAGCAAUGUUCCUGGUAGCUUUACUUGCCUCUGCCCUGAAGGCUUUGUGCUAUCUUCUUCUGGAAGGAGGUGCCAAGAUUUAAGGGUAAGUUACUGCUUUACCAAAUUUGAGGAAGGAAGAUGUGUUUCUCCAAAAGCCCGAAAUCACUCAAAGCAAGAAUGUUGUUGUGCUUUCAAAGAAGCUGGAUGGGGAGAUCCAUGUGAAAUUUGUCCUGUGGAAGGAGAUGAUGCAUUCCGUCAAAUCUGUCCCUAUGGAAGUGGCGUGGUUAUAGGACCUGAUGAUGAACGAGUUGAUAUGGAUGAAUGUACUGAUCCAGACAAAUGCAAAAAUGGACGUUGCAUCAACACAGAUGGAUCAUAUCGCUGUGAAUGUUCCUCUGGAUAUAUUCUUUCUGGAGAUGAAUGUGUAGAUAUUGAAGAGUGCACAGUUGGAAACCCAUGUGGUAAUGGGACUUGUAAGAACACUAUUGGUGGCUUUGAGUGCACCUGUGAAGAAGGCUUUGAGCCAGGACCAAUGAUGGCAUGUGAAGAUGUUAAUGAGUGUGCGCAGAACCCUCUGCUUUGUGCAUUCCGUUGUGUAAAUACAUAUGGGUCAUACGAAUGCAAGUGUCCUGCUGGUUACGUUCUACGUGAAGACAAGAGGAUGUGCAAAGAUCAGGAUGAGUGUGAAGAUGGUACACAUGACUGUGAUUCUAAAAAGAUGACCUGUAAGAAUCUCAUUGGUACAUUCAUGUGCAUUUGUGGCCCAGGAUAUCAACGGAGAUUUGAUGGAGAAGGAUGUAUGGAUCUUAAUGAAUGUCUAAAACCUGGAAUCUGCGACAAUGGAAAAUGUGUGAAUACAAUGGGCAGUUAUAAAUGUGACUGUAAUGAUGGUUUUAAUGCAAGUAUUACCGAGACUGAUUGCAUUGACAACAGGCUGGGAUAUUGCUUCACUGAGGUAUUGCAUACCAUGUGUCAGAUUGGAUCAUCCAACAAGAACUCUGUCACCAAGUCUGAAUGUUGCUGUAAUGCAGGCAGAGGCUGGGGAAUAAAUUGUGAGAUUUGCCCCUUUCAAGGCACUGUUCAGUUCAGAAAGCUGUGCCCAUACGGGAAAGGAUUUACAACUGGAGGAGAAGAUAUUGACGAGUGUCAGGUACUUCAUGGAAUCUGUCGGAAUGGACAAUGUAUUAAUGAGAGAGGGACAUAUAGAUGUGAAUGCAAUCCAGGCUACACACCUGAUGUAACAGGCACCUCUUGCAUAGAUCUUGACGAGUGUAAUCAAUCUCCCAAGCCAUGCAACUUUAUUUGCAAAAACACUGAUGGAAGUUUCCAGUGUUCUUGUCCUCGUGGUUACAUUCUGCAGGAAGAUGGAAGAAGUUGUAAAGAUCUGGAUGAAUGUGCAACUAAGCAGCAUAACUGCCAGUUUAUAUGUGUUAACACUAUUGGCGGAUUUAAUUGUAAAUGUCCCCCUGGAUUCACUCAACAUCAUACUGCCUGCAUUGAUAACAAUGAGUGUGCUUCAGAAGUUAACCUGUGUGGAGCUAAAGGUGUUUGCCAGAAUACUCCAGGGAGCUAUGCCUGUGAAUGUCAGCGUGGCUUUUCUCUUGACCAGAGCGGUGCAUCUUGCGAAGAUGUUGAUGAGUGUGAAGGAAGUCAUCGCUGCCAACACGGAUGCCAGAAUAUUAUGGGAGGGUACAGGUGUAGCUGCCCACAAGGGUAUCUUCAGCAUUACCAAUGGAACCAGUGUGUGGAUGAAAAUGAAUGCUUAAGCAGCCAUAAUUGUGGAGGAGCUUCCUGUCACAACACCCUGGGAAGCUUUAAGUGCAUCUGUCCUACAGGAUUCCAGUAUGAACAGUUUGGAGGUUCUUGCCAAGAUGUCAAUGAAUGCAGCUCUUCUCAAGCACCUUGCAGCUAUGGUUGUUCUAACACUGAAGGUGGUUAUGUCUGCGGAUGUCCACCUGGCUACUUCAGAAUAGGACAAGGACACUGUGUGACAGGUGCAGGCUUGAGCAGAGCCCAAGACAUGGCAGUGAGUGGAGAAAUAGACGACAACUCUCUAUCCCCAGAAGCUUGCUAUGACUGUAAAAUCAAUGGAUAUCCCAAGAGGGGAAGGAAACGGAGAAGCACCAAUGAUACAAUGGAAAAUAAGGAAGAGGAGGAGUUUGAGCCUGAACAUUUGGUUAGUCUUGCAAGUUUGGAUGUUGAAAAGCCAGUCAUCUUAACCUUUAAUAUAUCUAGCGUGAACAACAGAGACCGAAUUCUGGAGCUCACUCCUGCCCUUACUACCCUAACAAACCACAACAGAUAUUUAAUAGACUCUGGAAAUGAAGAGGGACUCUUCCGAAUAAACCAAAAGGAUGGGAUAAGUUAUCUUCACAUGACAAAAAAGAAACCAGUGGCUAGAAGUUACUCUAUACAGAUCAGCAGUGUUCCUCUUUAUAAGGAAAAAGAGCUUAUCCAACUCGAAGAUAAACAUGACAGAGACUACCUCAGUGGUGAACUGGGUGAUAUACUUAAAAUGAAAAUAAAAAUCUUGCUUCACUAAGUUUCUAAACAAAGACCAUACAGAUUCAACCAAAGAUUGAUAGGUAGAAAUGAAUGUUUUCCUCACUGAUUUCCUAUAGCAUAGGUACAAUCCCUCAUAAAUAUUAUUUGUUUUCUAUGAAAUAAAAAAGCACUUUUUUUCUCAUGACAUAUGCAAGGUACAGGAUCAGUAUCCCAGCUCAAUACAACCACUUUCUCAGGCUUCCUAUAUAGUAUGUAACUGAGCUACCUUGAUAUGCUGAAUACGCUGAAUUUAAACUUGGGGACUUUUCAUUGGAAGUUGACCAUUGAUGCUGAGACAUUCCAUUCUUUCAGCAGAGGUACAUUUAUUUAAUCUCUUGAUGGACUCCUCUUGGUUAUAACUUAAACUUUGCUUUUCACCCACAACUCACUAUUUCAGACAUUUAUCUUACCUUUUUUGGUGCUAGUAACUUUUGAAAGAAUUUUUAUAAAUGCACUGUAAUAUGUACACAUCAUAGAAGCCGAUAAUUACUCUGUCUAAACCAUUAAUUUACAAAUCAACCAAAGUUAGCUCUUGUUUAUCUCAGUUAUCUUCAAAUGUCAUGUAAAUGACGAGUGUGUAUACUGUAAUCAUGCUUUUAUUUAUCCUUGAAGCAUUUGUAAACUAGAUGAAAACCUUAACAUUAAGGUUUUUUUAAUGGUGCUUAUUUAGACCAACUACUUGUUAAAUGUAUACACAAAACCUAGUGGUGCGAUUUUUAAGACUAGGUAAUUGCACUGAGGUCAGUAGACCAUAUUGAAUUUUCAAAAUAUAUUCAGUGCCAUCCUAUAAUAUGACAUACAUUGCACAUCAAGAGUACCCAGAGGCAUUAGAACCAAGGGCUCCAUGACAAAAUCUUACAGUAGAACCGUGUUUUUCGUUUUUAUUGUUCCAUACUUUUAGUCUCCUGGUUAUAAAGUAGUUGGUUACACCAUGCUUAUUCUAUUGUACAACUAUUACUGUAUGUUUAGUUUAAACAUUAAUGGAUAGUGGAAACAUGACAAUAUGCUAUCAUGUAAUGUCCUGUGGUACUCAAUUUGCAUAACAGCUGUCUUUCAUAUGUGUGAAGAAGUAAAAAAUCCAUUAAAUCUGCAAAAUAAAUCAGCAGCCAGAUUACUGCUGGGAAUGUUACAAUAAGAAUGUCUGAUGUAAAUUCUUGUUUUAAUGGAUGACCGUCAUAAUUCAUGUGCACUGUGAAUACGGAUCUGACAUUAAGUUCUGUAAACACGCAUAGCAUGUAAAUAUUUGAUUAUCAUUAUUUCACCAUGAUACUAUGCAAAAGUUACACACACACAAACAAUAAAAACCAUUCAAAGUA